GUUUCAAUCAUUUUACCCGAAAAGCAUCUCUUAAGUUCUUUUACGCGUGUGUUGGUGUAUGUGUGCUUAUUUGUUUUGUCUUGUCUUAAAAACUAAUUAAUUUAAUAAAAUCAUUAAUAAUGAAAUUUCUUUGCAUCGUUACUGUGUGUGUAUUAAGCGUAUGCGCCACUUUAAUUAGUGCCAGUGUGAUUGAACAUCCGACAAUUGAAUUGAUAGAGGAUAAUACGCCGCACUAUGAAUUUCAAUAUUCAGUGCACGAUGUGCAUACCGGUGAUGUGAAAGAUCAGUUCGAGCAUAGACGUGGCGACUAUGUGACUGGACGUUAUUCCCUAAUCGAACCCGACGGUAAUCGUCGUGUUGUCGAAUACAGUUCAGAUCCUUUAUUGGGCUUCUCAGCACAGGUUCGACGUGAGUUAUUGGGUUCACCGCAUCCAGUGGCGCAAACUGUUGAGGAAUGGCCAGCACCAGCUAAUCAUUAAAUUAAUUGUCAU